CUUCCCAUCUUUCUCCCUCUGCCAUCUCCUCCACUUCUCUCUCAUAACCCAAAAUCCAGCUUCCUCCCAUCAGUCCCAUGCUUCCUCUACAACAGAUCACAUCACCUCCCUUUCUUCCCUAAAACAACUCACAUAUAUCAAACAUAAACCCUAAUAUGUCGGCGGCGGAAGGCGGCGCCUGUGGCGACGGUAGGCCGAGCAGAUACGAGUCGCAGAAGCGCCGCGAUUGGAACACGUUCGGCCAAUAUCUACGAAACCACCGCCCGCCGCUCGAGCUGUCGCGUUGCAGCGGCGCGCACGUGCUUGAAUUCCUGAGAUACUUAGAUCAGUUCGGGAAGACGAAAGUCCACGCCCCGGGCUGCCCCUUUUUCGGCCAGCCCUGCCCGCCUGGCCCCUGCUCCUGCCCGCUCCGACAAGCUUGGGGCAGCCUCGACGCGCUCGUGGGCCGCCUCCGCGCUGCCUUUGAAGAAAACGGCGGCCGACCGGAGGCGAACCCGUUCGCAGCUCGAGCCGUCCGGCUUUACCUACGCGACCUUCGAGACUCCCAGGCUAAAGCUCGCGGGGUUGCUUAUGAUAAGAAAAAGAGGAAGAGGCCGGUUCCACCGCCGCCGGCUUCAGCUUCCACUGCGGUUGACUUCGAUUCAUGUCAGCAGCAUCAUGAGUAUGAUAGUAUAUUGAUGAUUCCUGGCGGCGUUAGCGGCGGCGGCGGCGGCGCUGGCGCUGGUGUUGAUCAAAUGGUUUGCGAUGGAGAGGUGCACGCUAGUGGAGCUAUGAUUCCACUAUCGGCCUUUCAUUAAGUGUCUGUUACUCACUACUUGUGCUUUGGUAGUCGCUGAUUUCUUGCUUGUUUCGAGGACUGUUGAGGUCCGAGGAAGAAACUGCGCGCGUGUUAGCUUUGCUUCUUAUGAUGAUAAUGUAUUGAAGUAAAUAAUUAUUUUGAAACUUUAUGAUAAUGAAUCAAUGAUGUCUGAAAUA